CACCGCCUUAGCGUUCUAUUAAUUAAUCCAUAUUGGCGGAUAUAUCCAUAGGAGCAGUACCACCGCCUUAGCGUUCAAGUACGUAGACAUGCAUACACAGAGGCCUGCCCUCUGCUUAGCUGCUGAUAGUAGACUGGUAGACAUUAAUAACCGCACAGUGUGUAAUGAUUUUCAAAAGAUAUUUGUGGUGUCUCGGACCGUACUUUUUGUGUUUAGCGGUGAAUCCGCCAUUGCCACUAGCGUUGUUAACUCUUUGCGAGCUGAGGUCCAACAGUAUGGAUAUAAUAAUUACACCUUUCAGAAUGCACUUGACCUAGUGACUUCCCUUGUUCGUCAUUUGAGUCCAAAAGAUAAAUUUAAUGUUAUCUUAGCUGGGUAUGAAGAGCGGAAAAAGGAUUAUUUGAUUGCAUAUGUUGACAAAGCAGGACAAUCACAUGGCAUCAGUUCAGAAUAUGAUAUGUUGUGCAUUGGAAGUGGGGGAAGAAAAGCAUUUGAAUUUCUACAUAAACAUCGGUGGAAUGGUGGAAAGACUAUACCUCUUCCCAUGGAGCGGUUCAAAUUGCAAGCCGAGCUAUUGGCUAUAGUGCAAGCGAGGAUGAGGCUACAGGUGGUACUCUAACAGUUUACAUUUCGGGAGGUUAUUUUGAAGGGCUUAUAAUUCAUUCCGCUGUUGUUUGCAUGGAAGAUCUCCCUACUUAUUUACGGGAGAACGGAUUACCACCACAAAGGCAGGAUUGAAAGGUGAUUCACUGAUUGUCUUGGAUGCAUCUUUUAAACUAUUAAUGUUGCAUUGUCUGUUUGGCCUUUUCCAUUUGCUGCUUUGCCCAUAAUUGAUGUGACAUCUUGUUUGUUUAGCAUGUUCACGUUGCUAGUUGGUACUGUAUUGUGCUUGUCCAUUA